UUCAGUUUAGAGAAUUAUGGAGACAUUGUAUUUUCUUUCAUCUUCGCCUUUAAUAAUGAAGUUGUGAUUAUAUCUAUGCUUACAUUUAGAUAAUAAUGGUUACAUGAACGUGCAUUUAACAAGAAAUUUCAUAGUGAAAUAAGGAAUAAACAUUAUUCAUAUCGCAUUGAUGAUACUAUUGAUAAUAAGUGAAUGAAUCACUAAACUAAGUCUCUGGGCCACAGAUCUACAAGAAUAGACUAAAGUCUUCGAACGAAAACAUUAUUAAAGGCAAUAUUAUUGUGUUUAGAAUAAUUAAGAACAUAUCAGUAAUUAUUGAUAAACAAUAGAGUGUGGAUCAAAGAUAAUGAUCAAGGAUGGAUAAAUUGGUAGCACUCUCAGGGAUAUUAUUUUUUACUGCUGAUAUUUUUGCAAUUGGAAGUUUAGCUAAUCCUGAUUGGAUUAUUACAAAUGUUGCUGGUCAUAUGAGAUUAGGAUUAACAAGACAAUGUCAGAUUAUACAUGGACGUCCAGAAAUAUGUGUAUUUCCUAAUUUAUCUAAAGAAUGGAUGUUUACAUUUAUCUGUAUAUUAGCUGGUAUUCUGUGUAUAACAUUAACAUGUUUCUUACUCUUCGCAUCUCACUGGAAGAGAGAAGCUACAAAAUAUGCUAGAUGGAUAGCAUUGAUAGGAAUGACAUUAUUUUGCUUGGCAGCAAUAGUGUUUCCUAUAGGAUUUCAUAUAGAUGAGAUUGGUGGACGACCGUAUAAACUACCCAAUCACACUCAAGUUGGCUCUUCUUAUGUCCUCUUUAUACUGGCUAUUUUCUUUACUAUAAUAUCAGAAUUAUUCACAGGAAAAGUUUGUUUACCGGUUCUAUAGCAAUUAUUUCCAUGUAGGUGAUUGAAUUAUCAGUGUUAAAUUUCUACCUACAUUUAAUUAUAUCAUAUUUGUAAAUACAUUAUGCUGGUAUAUCAAAAUGUAAAUAUUUUUACCCUCACCAUGGUUGUGACACUCCACCAACAAUGGCUCAAUUAAUAAUGUAUUAGAAUCUUAAGGUAAAUUAUUUUUGUUAUGAUUUUGGUAGGAUCUUGCCAUUUUCAAGAAAGUCCCCUUGAACCUGUGUUUAUUGUCAUAAUAUACUUAUGUAGAUCUGUAUUAUAUAGAAAUUUUAAUUUAUUUACUAGUUUUUUAAUCAACUGCGUAUCAUUUACAUUUUUCGUAAAAUAUCAAACUUAUGCCAUACUAGAAUGCACCCAAAUUGAAUAUUUGGACAAAACGUACACAACUUACAGUCAAAAUGACAAUAGAUUGGUCAUAACAAAAUCAAAACGAUUCAUAUUUUUUAUUUGAUAAGAAUCUAGUGAUAUAUAUUUAGAUAAUUUUGUCCACACAUUUGGUCGUUUCGACUAAAUUGAAUUUUUGCUCUGUGGUUUAUGUCUGUUUUGACCAUAUCCAAUUUUUAUCGUCUGCAGAGAAUGUCAAAUGUUGCAAAUUUUCAAUUCAUAAUAUCUUUGUAAAUACUAAACUGAAUUGAACCAUUUUGGACCGAUAUCUCUUCAAGAGAUUAAAUUUUCAUAGGACAUUGUAUUGUACAUUGCAAGGGAUUAAUAAUUGUUCAAUAAAUGUUCAGUCAAAGACUUUAAGGGGAAGCUCCAACCAACGAAGAAUCACAAUGACAAAAGUUUUUAAAGAAAGGAUUUAUCAUUAUCAGAUCUAUUUGUUAGGUUUAUUUACAUUUUUAUUGCGUGUAUAUUUGAAUUAACUUAUCACAUUGGUGGUACAGUAUGUCUAGAUUCAGCAUUCAUCAUGUUCUGCAGCUGAAGAUUAGUCGAUUUUCUUUCUGAAACCUAAUUAUAUGUGUGCAAACUUGACAUAAUUUGUAAAGACUACAUAACUGUGUCAAUCAAAACCAAUUGAAAUGUGUUUCAGUGUUUUGAUUCUUUCCCCAUUGAUCAUCACAUGUAUGUAGAAAUUUGAUUCUACAGAUGAUUGGCUUUAUCUGUUGAAUGUGGUAGUAUAGUCUACAUGUAAAAGAUCUUCAUUCUGUAGUUGGAACUAUUACCUCAUUGAUAUUGUAUGAAACUUGCCAAAUUCUAUCAUUUGUAUUUAUUAGUGUUUAUAUAGCAUUUUAAUUUUUGUACAUAUACAAAGUCUUGUGACGCUAAGAUAGGUCAAAUAAAGUUAAAACUGAAUAUGAAAAUAUGCAAUCAACAACAGCCUUCUAUACCAAACCAUUUAUUAUUAUCCCUAUCAAAUCCUUAAAUAGGAAAGGGUGUUACAAGGUUUUUAAAUUACUAUAAAAGAGGUAGUAGGGGUAUAAGGCCCACAAAAGUUAAAUACCCCAAAGCAAUUAUUUUGGUUGAUCAAGUCAGUUAUUGGCCAUAUUGGUAAAGGGGAGUAUGAGACAUGACCCAAAUCUCUCACCCCCAUCCCCCAUAUCUAAAUAUGUCACUAGACAAAUUUUUCCAAAUUAACUGAUCACACAUUGUAUUUAGUUUAAUUUGCCAAAUCUAUUUGUUAUAUAUAUGUAUGUUACAUUUGGUUGAUUAGCAAUAUGUAGGUACCGUAAAUAUAAUUUACCUUUAUACAAUGUCGAUCUAAGUGCUGUAGAUUUAAUUGGUGGUAAUGUUUGCUGUAUGUAGUAGUUGUGUUUUAUUUGUUGCCCCCCCCCCCCCCUCUUUCGAAGAAAGCAGGGGACUAUUAAAAUGGGUUCGUCCGUCUGUCUGUCACACUUUUUGGGACACAAUUUAACUCUCUUUCUAAUUGAGCUAGAAUGUUCAAACUUGGUGUAGGUGUUUAUUAUGUCAAUGCCUUGAUGGAGUUCGAUGAUGAGCAUUUUCUGCUUAGGGUAAGCAGAGAUAAGCAAUUUGAUUGGUUGAUGCUUUGGGACACGAUAACUUUAGUUCUAAUUAAGUGAAAGUGAUAAAACUUGGUGUAUAGUUUCAUUACAUCAAUACCUUGACUAAGUUCAAGAAUGAGCAUUUUCUGCUCAGGGUAAGCAGAGCAAUAAGCAAUUUGAUUGGCCGAGACUUUGGAACGCAAUAACUCUCAUUCUAAUUGAGGUAGAAUGUUCAAACUUGGUGUAGGUGUUUAUUAGGUCAGUGCCUUGAUGGAGUUCGAUGAUGAGCAUUUUCUGCUUAGGGUAAGCAGAGAUAAGCACUUUGAUUGGUUGAUGCUUUGGGACACGAUAACUUUAGUUCUAAUUAAGUGAAAGUGCAUAAAACUUGGUGUAUAGUUUCAUUACAUCAAUAUCUUGACUAAGUUCAAUAAUGAGCAUUUUCUGCUCAGGGUAAGCAGAGCAAUAAGCAAUUUGAUUGGCCGAGACUUUGGAACGCAAUAACUCUCAUUCUAAUUGAGGUAGAAUGUUCAAACUUGGUGUAGGUGUUUAUUAGGUCAGUGCCUUGAUGAAUUUCGAAAAUGAGCAUUUUCUGCUUAGGGUAAGCAGAGAUAAGCAUUUUGAUUGGUUGAUGCUUUGGGACACGAUAACUUUAGUUCUUAUUAAGUGAAAGUGCAUAAAACUUGGUGUAUAGUUUCAUUACAUCAAUAUCUUGACUAAGUUCAAUAAUGAUCAUUUUCUGCUCAGGGUUAGCAGAGCAAUAAGCAAUUUGAUUGGCCGAGACUUUGGAAGGCAAUAACUCUCAAUCUAAUUAAGGUAGAAUGUUCAAACUUGGUGUAGGUGUUUAUUAGGUCAGUGCCUUGAUGAAGUUCGAAAAUGAGCAUUUUCUGCUUAGGGUAAGCAGAGAUAAGCAUUUUGAUUGAUUGAUGCUUUGGGACACGAUAACUUUAGUUCCAAUUAAGUAAGAGUGAUGAAACUUUGUGUAUAGUUUCAUUACAUCAAUACCUUGACUAAGUUUGAUAAUGAACAUUUUCUGCUGAGGGUAAACAGAGCAAUGAGCAAUUUGAUUAGUCGAGACUUUGGAACACAAUAACUCUCCUUCUAAUCUAAUUGAGGAACAUAACAACCCUGCUUUUAAUUGAGGUAGAAUGUUUAAACUUGAUAUAAAUGUUUAGGUGAAUGUCUUGACUGAGUUCAAUGAUUAACAUUUCGAGCUGAAGCUAAGCAGAGCUAAUCAAUUUCAUUGGUCGAUGCUUUGGGACAAGAUAAUCUUGAUUCUAUCUGAUAGAGAGUGAUGAAACUUAGUGUAUAGUUUGAUUGCUCGAAAAAUAAAUGUGCAAUUAAUUAAUAUGUGUCAUUUAUUUAUUUUGGGAUUUCGGCGGGUGACAUCAGCCUCACUGUUGGCUUGUUUAUAAUAAUUUGAGUGACAGCUGCUGAAAGCAAGUAACUGUUUUAAUGUAUUUACCUUAUAAUUAUUUGUAGGCGUAUGUGCAGCCAAGAUGCAGGCAUGGAUCUGUCAGAUUUUCAAGGGGAAAUAAAGCGUGUAUUAUAAUAUUUGUUUUUAAUAUCCACUGUUUAAAGACAUAUGUCCAUGGUUCAUCGAUUAAUGAUGUAUAUCCACAAACUACUGAGAUAACUACUUGUAUAAACCAGUUGUUUUUUUUUAGGAAGGCUUUUCCAUUCACAAAUCUAAAAAUACAGCCAUGACAUGUUUAUUAAUAGUUUAAAAAAGUUAUUGCCUAUGAAUAUCAGAUAAAAAAAAAAGUAAUUCUUAUUGAAUAGAGCUGUCCCUUGCCAGCAGCUUGUCAAAACCAACUGGUUUGCAGAAUAUGAUGCUUGAGCUUAAAAUCACCCUGACUAUACUUUUAUUUUUGAAAUGUUAUGUUUGAAAAGGUAAAAUAGAUAUUCUGAUUAAAUCUGAUAGAACAUAUCUUUAACAUUGGGUAUUUUGGUGAUAAUUCUUAUAUGACUAUACUGAUCUCAACUUUCUGUCAUAGAUGACUAAUCUCAAAUAUGCUUUUCAAUAUCCCAUAAAUGUAUAAGAAUAAGCUUUUUUAUGAAAUAGAAAACGUUUUAUAAAAUGCAUACUAGAAAAAAUCACAACUUGUUCCACAAGUGCAUUUAUUGAAUUUGAAUAAACAAAGGACACAAUUCUAUAGAAUACUAUUAAUGUUUUUUCAGAUUAUAUCAAGUUCAAUUGCUAAAUGGCACCAAAAACAGUCUAUAUCAUAAUAACCAUAUUGUGAAAUAGGUUUCACAAAGGUUGUAUAUAUAUAUAUAGUUAUUCCAGUUUUAACAAACUCCAACAUACCACUAUUUUUGUGGUAUUGCAGUUUUUUUAGGGGUUGUAUUGUCCUUCCAUCAAAUAAAACUUACCCAAAUUGUUGCAUUGGAGGUGAUCAUGCCAAUGACAGUGUUCCAAAAUCUUUCAUUAAUUGUCUUCUACAGCUAAUUUGGAUGAUACUUAAAUUCUUCAGCUGAAAAAUGUUUUAAUGUAGAUGGCAAAUAAUUCUCUGCAUAUAUUUAUUUUCAGUUUGUUUUGUUAUUUUAAUUACUUCUUUAUUAUAUAUAUUAUAAUGCUCAACAAUUUAUAUAUUUGUAUGUCAUAAUUUAGAAGACAGCUAUGAAAUUAAUGUUGAUGUGGCAAUCAUGUCAAAUUAGGCAAAACUGUAUAUGCUUUGAUAUAUUUUUUGAAGUAUGAAUAAACUAUACAAGCAAUGAA